UGGCCAAUCAAUCACGUCAUCUUUGAGCAGAAUACACCGUCAGUGUAAAGCUUUUUACACACUCACCAACAAACCACUGCGACUAUGUAAAAAGUUUCGCUGUUCAUGUAUGUAAGUGGUAGUUUACUGAAAGCGUAUUAGUGGAACAACAACAACAAUGCGUUCUCUCAUUCCCUCCCACCACCACCGAUUCUCCACCGCAAUCUCCGCCGCAAUCGUCGCCAACACAACCACCACACCUUCCCUCCCACAAUCAUACAAAAUCCAACCUCCAAUCAAACCCUGGCCCCACCGCCUCAACCCCAAACUCCUCUCAUCUCUCAUUUCCCGCCAACACGACCCUCAUUUCUCCCUUCAAAUCUUCCUCCACGCCCAAAACCAUCACAAACCUCCAUUCUCUCAUAACCCCCAAACCUACCAAGCCAUCUUCCUUAAACUCUCUAAAUUCCGCUGCUUCAGCGAAAUUGAGUCCCUCUUAGCCGGCCUACGCAGUUCUCCCCCGCACUGCUGCGGGGAAGAACCGAUUGUAACUGUUAUUCGCGGUUAUGGAUUAGCUGGAAAGCCUGUACGGGCUCUCAAGACUUUUCUGAGGAUCGAAUCGUUUGGGAUUCGACCCUCAGUUAGAUCAAUUAAUGCACUGUUGAAUUCUUUGGUUCAGAAUAAGCGUUAUAGAUUGGCUUUUUUGGUGUUUAAGAAUUGUGGUGAGAGGUUUAGGGUUUUGCCGAAUGUUGUUAGUUGUAAUAUUUUGCUUAAGGCGUUAUGUAAAGGGAAUGAGGUUGAAGUUGCUGUUAAGGUUUUGGAUGAGAUGCCUGGGAUGGGUUUGGUUCCUAAUGUUGUUAGUUAUACUACUGUUUUGGGUGGGUUUGUUUGGAGAGGUGAUAUGGAUGGUGCUAUGAAGGUCUUUCGCGAGGUUUUGGAUCGAGGGUGGAGUCCGGAUGUGACUAGUUAUACUGUUUUGGUGGAUGGGUUUUGUAGGUUAGGGAAAUUGGUGGAUGCGAUUAGGGUGAUGGAUAUUAUGGAGGAUAAUGGGGUUGAGCCUAAUGAGGUUACUUAUGGUGUUAUGAUUCAGGCUUAUUGUAAGGAGAAGAAAUCCGGGGAAGCUGUUAACUUGAUUGAGGAUAUGAUUGCGAAGGAUUUGGUUGUGGGUUCGGAGUUGUGUUGUAAGGUUGUUGAUUUGUUGUGUGAGGAAGGGAAUGUUGAGAAGGCUUGUGAGAUGUGGAGGAUGGUUUCGAGGAAGAAUUGCGGCCUUAACGGGGCUGUUGUUGUGAGUACGCUUAUACAUUGGCUUUGCAAGAAGGGGAAGGUGUUGGAAGCAAGGAAUGUGUUUGAUGAGUUUGGGAAGGGAUCGGUUGCGAGUCUUUUGACGUAUAACACGUUGAUUGCUGGAUUGUGUGAGGGAGGAGAGCUUUGUGAGGCGGCGAGGCUGUGGGAUGAUAUGGUGGAAAAGGGUGUUGCUCCUAAUGCUUUUACCUAUAACAUGUUGAUUAAAGGAUUUUGUAAAGUUGGAAAUGCCAAGGAGGGUAUUAGAGUUCUAGAGGAGAUGUUGGAAAAUAGGUGUUUGCCCAACAAAUCAACCUACACAAUAUUAAUUGACGGGAUUUUACUUUUAGGUGGAAUGAAACAAGAAAUCAACAAGGUAGUUUCACUGGCCAUGUCCACUGGAGUUGACGCUGAUUUGUGGAAUAUUUUUGUAAAACCUGUUGUGGGUAAUGAUAAUGGCGGUGAAGCUGAAUUAGAUAGGAUAUUAUUAGAGAAUGCACCGUGAUAAUACUGUGAGGUAUGCUGUGGAAUAUGCUGUUGACUCCAUAUAUGGCCAUGGCUCUUUCUUGGCAGACUCUGCUUAAUUGGUUGCCAACUAGAGUUAAUUUAUUUCGGGGAAAGAUGUCAACUAAUGUUUAGUAUGAUUGGUUGUGUGUUGUUUGGGCAGAAAGCAGAACCUGCCCUGCAUAUAUUUUGUCAUUGUAUUGUUACUUUUAGUCUUAGAAUAUGGAAUGCUCCUUUUGAUUGGUUCGGAGUGUGUGUAUCUAUUCCAGCCACUCUAUUAUUUUGUGAAGACCAACUUAGGAGAGAUAUGUUGAAUUGGUAUAUGAGUUAUGGAGAAAUGAUAAGCUGUUUUAGUAAUGGUAAAAGUGCUUAAAUGAUAAUUAAGCUGUUUUGGAGGUGCUUAAAUAGCCAAACGGUGAACUUCUGUUGCAGUGACUGAAAUGAGAAUUUUCGCAUAUGUUGGUUGAUGAAGUAGGAGUAUGUCACAAGUGUGUUGGACUGUUUCAAAAAAGUCAAUGCCUAUAAGUCAAGGCAUAAGCUAUUUUGGAAAAUGGUUAUGAAGUUUUGGAGAUAGCAAAAGCUGCAGAUUAUGGAUAAGGUGUUUUUCCAUUUCAGGGAGUGUUUCACGGCGAGUUCCUUUAGCUUAGAGCCCACCUUUGGGGAUCAAUGUACAAGUUAUUAUACAACAUGAUGGUUCGUGAUGAAGAAGCAGAAGUCGCUGGAAGUUUCGCGUCAGUAGUGUUAGUGUUAUUUCAGAGUUCGCAUUGAUAAGACUCAGCAGACUCCUCCACAUACCUACGUGGCCUAACAGUAUGUGUGUGUUUGAGGGAUCUUGCAUCACGUGGCCCUUCAGGAAUGCAAUCAUAAGUUGUUUAUGACCUUCCGUGAUUCAAAACCGAUUUGAAAUCUUGUUGUGUUUGAAACAUGAAGGUACUCUGUGAAUACAGGGAAUGAUUUAAGAUAUACGCAGGAAUGAUGUGUAUCACAGAGCAUGAAUAUCUUAAAGGGAAUGAUUUGACUGGGAAAUGUAACCGUGCUCAAAACAAAGCUAGGGCCCAGUGUUGAGUCAAGUUUGCUGAGGGGUUCAGCUGUGAGAUCCCGUAAUAAACUUUUGAGCUGGCAAGGAUGAGCAAGAGAAGAGGCAUUGAUAGCAUAAAUUUUCCAAUUUUCAGCUUUAGGUCAAGUGAAAGCUUUGGGUAUAGUAUUGAUUGCAGAACAGUAAUAAAAUGGCUCUACACUUGGAUAUGUUUGAAGUUCUUUAGGUUUUUUUAAGGCAAAAGAAACUUGUAGUGCAAAGGUAUCACUAUAGAUAGAGAGAGACGAGUCAAUUCUUAAUUAUGUUAGCAUCUCAGACCCUAUCAAUCAUCUGCUGCCCACCAUAAAAUAUUAUUAAAGGAGAAAGAACAAAGAAAACAAGGGACGAUCAAACCAAAAGCAAUCAAACAAAUCUCUUAGCAGGAGGCAAUGCCUAUUAUGCAUGAAAGAUUGGCAAAAACAUCUGGAUGCAAAUCCCACCAUGUGAGUGUACAAAUAAGAAUGCUAGGUUACAGGCAAAAGGUGAAGGACAUAGUUCAAGGUGCUUUAUUCCCUGAAGCUGUACUAGAUAAUAGAGUUGGUCAUGCUGGUGGAGCAGGUGGACUUGUUAUUGCCAGAGAUCUUGACUUGUUUUCCUAUUGCAAGUCUUGCGUGCUCCCAUUUCAGGUCAAGUGUCAUGUUGGUUACGUUCCCUCUGGUGAAAGAGUUAUCGGUUUAAGCAAACUCUCCCGUGUUGUGGAUAUAUCUGCAAAAUGACUUCAAGAGCCUCAGCGUCUCGCAAAUGAAGUUUGUUAUGCUUCGCAUCACGGAAUAAAGCCAGCAGAUGUUGCCAUCAUACUUCAAUGUACAACAUCCACUUUCCAGACAUAGAAUCGGUCUUUCUCGACUCAAACCACCAAGGAUUGGUUAAGAUACUCAUUUCUGCUGGGUCCGGGGUUUUCGAAAACAAACGCGCUGAUUUCUUUAGUCUCCUCAAAUUUAGAGGUAUCAGCGUGGAAAAAAUAAAUUAUAGGGGAUUAACUGAUUCAAACUGGUGUCCUUCUCAAUCUGCCAAAGUUUCCUCCGAAAUCGAACUGGUCAACCCUGCAAUGGUCACGGCAGUAGCUUCAAUUGUUAAAUUUCUAGGAGAAGAUCACUGAGGAAGGAGCUUAGAGGGACUCUAACUAGAUUUGUGAAGUGGUUGAUGAACUUUCAAACCAGCAACUUUGACACGAAGGAAGGAAUGGUGAUGGUCAGUUGACAGCAGGAAAGGGUAACAAAUAUCUAGGUCAUUGAUCAUGAUCCAAAUAAUCCAAGAGAGAGGGAAGAUUAUGAUGCUGAUAAUAUGACGAAACUGAACCUGAGUGUGUUCAAUAAUUUGAUGCUAUGAAACUGUGUCCGAGUGUAUUUAUCAACUUGAUACUAUAGCCUUUGUUGUUUGAUAGGAGAGUCUCAUUCCAUUUCUGUUGUGUGAAGAGAAACAAUUAUACUAUACCUACAAGAAUUUUGUCAACUAUACUUUAAUUAUGGAAAGUAUAUUGCAGUAACAAAUUCUUGCUUCUUGUUUCCGGACUGUUACUAUGUAAAGUUUUCAUUAUUUCUGAUAUGUAGUAUGCUGCAGUUUUCUAAUCAUAUGCAAAACAAUUAUGUAACAUAAUUACUCACUUUAAUUCA